AUUUUUGCAGACGACGUUUGGGAACACGCCCACUUUCAUACCCGGCUGAAAUAUAAAUAAUGUGACUUCCUCCUUCAGCUCUGUAGAUCUCUGGUUUUGUUUCCACUGCUGUUUGAACAGAAGAUCACUGAUUUUCAGGAAAUCUGAGCUGUGCGUUCAGUGGUGGCGUUGAAGAUGCCGUUCCUCCUGCCGCUCCUUGCCCUCCUCCUCCUGUCUGCUGCUCCCACAGUAACUGAAGUGGUGACAUCGAUGUCGGACUGUGACCAAUACUUUCUUAACCAAGUUCCACCACAGAUCGGGGGAAUCUUGGAGGGAGGGAAGAUCCUGGACCAGAACAGAUACAAGCCCAUUUGCCAGACCUUGAGGAACUUGAGAACAUUUGUGACACUCUACGACACCACCAACAAGAUCCCAGUGUUCUCUGCUUACAAGUACAUUGGGAACACAGCAGGGAGACCUCAAAACAAUUGGAUGACAGAACCACAGCUUGAGGAAAUAACCUUGAAUGCAAACAUGGAGAUUGCAAAGAGCGGGAAGAACUACACUCACCAGGCCGAUAAGAAAGAUUACAAUAACACCCAAGGAUACAACAGAGGGCAUUUAUUACCAAGCUCCUAUGGUUUUACCAGAAAUGAAAAAACCUCUACCUUUACCCUGACCAACAUUGUUCCUCAAGUAAUAUCAUUUAAUAAUGGAAGCUGGAGAGACAUGGAGACCUGCGUUCGAUGUGUCCUUGAUACAAACUGCAUCAACAACAAUAACAACACAGAAGGCUUUGUGGUGAUCGGAGCACGGCCUGGCAACAACUUCCUCAACAACAAGGUUAAUAUUCCCUCCAUGCUCUGGUCAGCUUUCUGCUGCUACAGCAGUAAACAGAAGACGUGGUUAGCAGGGGCACACUGGGGGAAAAACAAGGAAGAUAAUGGUACAGUGCUUCAGACCAAGACCUUGGACGAGCUCCGUCAGAAACUGGGAGGAAAAUUUGAAGCAUUCCCUGGAACAAAGUGUCGACCCACCACCACUGUCACCCACCUUUACCCUCAACUCAGUAACAGCAAGGACUGUAACUGCCCACCAUACGUUCCAACUACUUCUGGCUCAUCCACACCACAUAUUACUCUAAACCCAUCUUUAAGUGCACUAUUAUUCUGCUCUCUGAUAUUUUUGAAGUUUGUUGUUUAAAAAUGUACGGCUUCUUCAUGUAACUUUGAUUUCCAUUAAAGAUUGAGACUAGAUUAAAUCUAAGGCUCCAACCGGCCCCUUUCUUCUGUGGAAGUCUCACUCUUUGCUCAGGGAGGUAUUUCGUGGCCUCUAUAGUCUCUUAUAUGUCUAUUUCAUUUUACAGUCAAAUACUAAUUGAAUACAUAGGCUUUUGAAAAAAGUGAAUGAUAUAUAGUCAAAUUUUCUUCAAAAUCACCUGGUUUAGAGGAUAGAUCAAAUGUACAAUAUUGUAUGAAACUCAUUUGGUUUUGUUGGUACCAGUGUAUUUCUUAUUAAAACACAAAAUGACUUCCACUUCGUUUGUUUUUCCAUCGCCCCAGUUUGAAGUGUGAUACAAUUCAACCAAAACAACAAAAUAAAAAAAAUGUAUCAUCUUUCAUCAUCAACAUUUACAUGGAAAAUUAUUGUUUCUUUAUUUCAAAAUAACGAAUAUCAGAAUAACAGACGUUAAAAGUGCAAAACAUGUCCAACAUUGCCUGUGAAAUAGUGAAUCUAUAAAUUAAACCUUUUGAAUCAUUAAA